AUGACGAGGUCGAGGGGCCGAAGGCUUGGGGGUAUCGCUUCUGCGCCUGAUGCCUUCCACUUCCAACUCCCAGCAGGGCGAACGACACACGCAAGGACUCGCAUAUCUUCCCGCCCCAUGACACUGUUGAACCGGCCGGUGAAGCCGCGCCGCGAGCAUAUACUGCAGAAAGGGUUGCGUCCAGUAACAGAUGCAGAAGGGAAGUACGACCGACGUGUCGGCCUUAAACGUGCAUCAGCAACGUUGCGCGUGGUCAGCUGGUCUAUUGCCUGGGCGUUAUUUUCUUUCACCACCUGCCCUCCUCCGAUUUCACAACGUUCUCGAUCAGCAUGUAAACAUCCAAGCGACUUUAUGAGUCAAUGCCCUUCAGUUUACCGUCAGGCCUUCACUGUUUCUCUUGUGUCCACGCUUCGCCAACAAAUUCCAUCGCGACCGCCGACCAAUAGAUCGAUGAGAAAUAACUUUUGCGAUACUCAUUUGGUCUACAUGUCGUUACUCGAAGAACCCCCAUGCGAUUUUGAACACUAUCAGAGCCUACUUUUCUUAACAUGGGUGACUGAUUCUGGCUGCUUUCUUUUCAUGCAAUAUAACCUCCGCAUCGUUGAGCCUUCCUCGGGAUAUAGGUUACAGAGCACGGCUCACGUGCUCUCACUCACCUCGUAUAGCACAGAUAAAUCUAGUUUGCAUUCCGAAAUUGUUAUCGACACGUGGAGCGGACUUUUUGUGAGACUAUUUGUUGAAUUCGAUAUUUGCCAAAGGCAGAGACUUUGUACUCAUGACUCGGAAUCAUUGGUAGAUCCGGACAGCAACCCGAUUUCUUUCCCGCCUUUUACCAUCGUCUUAUUAACUGACGCCAGCUCUUGCCACAUGAGAAAUAUAAUGCAACCUUACUGCAAGCCGUUAUUAAGAGCAAGCACUCAGAAUCGAACGACAUCGCUUCGAAUGGGCUCCACCUGGAAUAGCUUUUGCAAAGUUCGAACAACAACGGAACUACUUCGGUGUAAGACCGACAGGGCGAGAAUAGAGCUAGAAGGUUUCCACAGGCUAAGUCGAGAUCAGAAAUGUUGUUGUUCUUGUGUGGAGUGCUUCCAUCAGAAUCUCAAGAGGAUUAAGGUAGAUCCGUGCCGCCGGCCCGGAGCACGUGAAUCAUAG